UCGUGAAUUAUUGUCGGGCAUAUUUUGGACAGCUAUAUUCAGUAGACAGAAACACGUGGAGUCUUUUUCCUCCCUAGGUCUUGUUCUACAACGCGAUAACCAUGCCAAAGUCAAAGAGGGACAAGAAAAUUUCACUAACAAAAACAGCCAAGAAGGGUCUGGAAACAAAACAGAACUUAAUAGAAGAGUUACGGAAAUGUGUGGAUAUGUACAAGCACCUGUUCAUCUUCUCUGUGGCAAACAUGAGGAACAACAAAUUGAAAGACAUCAGGACAGCCUGGAAACACAGUCGAUUCUUUUUUGGAAAAAACAAAGUGAUGAUGAUCGCUAUAGGUAAAGGAUCAACAAGCGAGUACAAAGACAAUUUGCACAAGGUCAGCAGGUUUCUGAGAGGAGAAGUGGGUGUGUUAUUCACAAAUAAAACCAAAGAAGAGGUGCAAGAGUAUUUCAGCCAGUUCAAAGAGAUGGAUUUUGCACGAGCAGGAAACAAGGCAGGGAUGGCCUUAACACUUGAUGAAGGACCCCUGGAACAGUUCCCUCACUCCAUGGAGCCACAGCUGAGACAGUUGGGACUCCCCACAGCACUCAAGAAAGGAGUGGUGACGCUACUGAAAGACCAUGAAGUGUGCAAAGAGGGAGACACACUAACCCCUGAACAGGCCCGUAUUCUGAAACUCUUUGGGAUUGAGAUGGCUGAAUUCAGAGUGCAGAUCCAGUGCAUGUGGAACUCUGAAACGAGCGACUUUGAGAAGCUAGCUGAGGAAGAGGCCAUGCAGGAGAACGAUGAGGAAGAAGGGAAUGAAUCUGGAUAGAGCAAUGGACUUCUCAGACUUGUUUUUAAUACUGUGCCUUUUUUUAGGUGACAUCAAAACAAACUACUUUAAAGUGUUUCCUAAUUGCAAUGUUACCCAUGGAAUUGUGUAUAUACAUUUGUGCUUUAUACAUUUUUUUUGAUCAACUCAAAUACAACAGUACAAACUUA